CUUGUCAAAGACACUCUGUCUGGCAUAAUUUGGUUCAGUCUGCUUCUUUUAGAUAUUAGGGCACUGUAAAUGCUUUGCUAUCCAGCUGCAGAACGGCAGAUGAUUAAGGGUAUUUUCUCUACUGCAACAGUCAAACUAAGCAAAGACUGACAAUGUGGACCAAACUGUUCGUAUUUCUUAUCGGAGCUGUGUGCAUUUCUCAGGUUUUAAAUGGGGAAAGCAAGCCAAGCAGUGAACAGCCAUUCCAGAUGUUUGACAGCAGCGUCAUUUACAGUAUCAUCUACACAUGUGAACAGCUUAACGGUACUGAAUGUGCAGAUCCAAUAUUUGGUAUUGGAUCAGUAGGUUCCACGGUGGAGGCCCCCUGUGAAAAGGGCAUGGUGGGGGGAAAAACAGCGGUUUGCAUGGAAGAUGGUUCAUAUGGAAAAAUAGAAGACAAUUGUGUCCUAGCAGCUGUUGAUGACCUGCUCAAUAUAUCCAAGGCACUAAAUGAUUCAACACUGCCAACUUUCUUGGAGGGACUAAAAAAUAUGACUGUCAACAACACUGAAAGCAUAGUAAAAUCUCCAGCCACAAUUAGUGCUGUUGUUUCCAUCCUUAACAAUGUGGCCAAUGCAGCCUCUUUGUCACUGAGUAAAGAAUCAACAGAGAACAUCCUGGAGAUUGCAGGCCUUCUAACCUCUAAUGAAGCAAAGGCAUCAUGGGAUACACUAAACCAGAACGAUAGACCAGGCUCAAAACCAAAUAACACCAAAAUAAAAAGCUCCAGCUCUUCCUUGUUGAAUCUUUUCGAGACAGUGUCCACUGUUCUUGUCAACGAAUCCUUCACCAUUGAGACACCUUUCAUUCUUUUGAAAAAAAGGAACUUCACAAACAGUUUUACCGAUAUCCUUAAUUACUCAGUAGAAAUAAGCAUAGCAGAGGCUGGUGAAGGAAGUAAAUUCAUUACUGUGAUAAUGUUUGCUUCCAUGGAUAAUGUGCUUCCAACAAGAGAUGAAGCCAACUCCUCAUUCAUGGUUAUCAAUGGAAAGGUCGCCAUUGUUCAGACGACAGCCCGCAUCAGGAAUAUAACAAUAACAUCCGAAAUUUUAAAUGGGAGCUUGAGCAAUCCAGAAUGUGUUUACUGGGAUUUCGAACUCUUUGAAGGCCUCGGAGGAUGGAGCAAGAAGGGCUGUUCGUUUCUCUCCCGUGACAAUAAGUCCAUCAGCUGCAUCUGCAACCACACCACCCCUUAUUCUAUCCUUAUGUCCCCUGAAGGUUUUGAAGACUCUGAAAUGAGUGAUAUAACAUUCAUUGGUGUAGGGAUAUCCAUAGGUUCUUUGGUUAUAUGUCUAAUUACUGAAGCUCUCGUAUGGAGAAAAAUAAGUACCAACACCACAGCAUUCCUGCGCCAUGUUGCUAUUGUAAACAUUGCAGUUUCUCUCCUGUUUGCGAACAUUUGGUUCAUUAUUGGAGCAUCAUUAACAGAUGCAGAGAAGAAAAACCCUGUAGCAUGUCAUGCAGCUACCUUCUUCAUCCAUUUUUUCUACCUCGCCAUGUUCUUCUGGAUGUCAGCCUUAGGUCUCCUAUUGCUCAACCGCACUGUCUGCGUCUUUGAGGGGGGAUUGUCUAAAACGUCUAUGGUGGUAAUUGGAUUUCUUUUGGGAUAUUCUGCACCACUGAUCAUUGCAAUAACAACCAUGGCAGUAACUGUCCCAAUAAAUAAGUACCUGAGGGGAAAUCAGGUGUGUUGGCUCAACUGGAAUGACUCCAAAGCUCUGCUCGCAUUUGUAGUUCCUGCACUUACAUUAGUGGCCAUAAAUUUCAUUAUCAUUCUUGUGGUGAUAUACACAAUGUUGAGAAGAAGAGCAGAAAACAAUGCUACCCAGACAGGAGAGCAGCAUGUUCUGGUGGUGAUUGCCAGGAGUUUGGCUGUGCUCACACCAUUUUUUGGACUGACAUGGUGUUUAGGAAUCGGAACCAUAAUUGCCCCAAACAACAAAGGGAUGCAUUUUGCUUUUUCAUUACUCAACUCACUGCAGGGUUGCUUCAUUUGGGUGUUUGGAACACUUCUAGACAAAAAGGUGCGAUCAGAGGCCAUAAAAUCCCUAACCUCCAAUGAUGAGACCAAAAACACUUGAUUACAUCACCCUGCCUGAAGAUUUUCUAUGUAAAGAGGGACAGUCUCUGCAAUAAAACUUGUUUUUAGCAUUUUAUGUUUUUUCCUGCAGCUAUUUUAUUGCAUUUCAUGUGUUGUCCGUACUACAGGAAUGAGCAAAGCCCUAGAUUUUAAAUGUAAUGGCUUUUUUAUGUUUUUGACUUGCAAAUCUCUACUCCUAAUAAUUUUUAUUUACCCUGAUUACCAGCUUGCUUAUUAUGAUGUUCUAUGUUUAUCUAUUGCACAUUAAGCUCUUUUCUUUGUGUUAAUAUUAACCAAAAAAAUUACCAAGAAAUGCUUCACACACUUUCUCCACUAGUUGGAGAAAGUGUGUGAAGCAUAGAAGAAAGAUGUUUAUUUGGUUAUAAUCCAUGUUAAUCCGCACAUCAUUCGUUCUUUUGUUUUUAAAAUUUAAACCGACAAUGAAAAAAAUGAAAAACAUUU